GAGUUGAACAUACCAGCUGAUACUUAUACUGGUGACAUUCCCCAUGUGACUGUUGUCACAGUUGAUGAUCUUUAUGUAUUCAUGGGACGGGAACUUGAAGCUGUAGAAAAUAUCCCAGCCGGAAAUGUGUUAGGUAUAGGGGGUCUAGAAGAUUAUGUUUUAAAGUCAGCUACAAUCUCAAGUACAUUGAACUGCCCACCAUUUACAGAAAUGCAGUUUGAGGCAGCUCCUAUAGUCAGAGUAGCUAUAGAACCAAAGAAUACAGGUGACAUGUCAAAGCUGGUACAUGGGUUGAGACUAUUAAACCAGGCUGAUCCUUGUGUAGAACUGUUGGUCCAAGAAACAGGGGAGCACGUCAUAAUUGCAGCUGGGGAGGUCCAUCUACAAAGAUGCAUUGAUGACAUCACAAAGUUGUACGCUAAGAUUGAGGUGAAUGUGUCUCCACCUAUAGUGCCAUUUAGAGAGACCAUAGUUAUCCCGCCCACUAUAGACAUGGUAAAUGAGGUGAUUGAAGAAACCAACCAACCAUCAAGAGAUACUUCAAAACAGAACAUAAAUAGAUCUAACAAACAGGAGGCAUCAGAAUCCAACAAACAGGAUAUGACUGGGUCCUCCAAACAGGAUGACACUGAAGCUGAUACAGAAAAAGAAGGUCCCACCAAUGGUAUCACAGAAGUUAAAACUGCAAACGGCAGAUGUACUAUUGGCAUUAGGGCAGCACCAUUGCCCGAGGCUGCUACAAAACUACUACUGAAUAAUGCCCAACUUCUCAAGACACUAGCAAUGCAUAUUAAAACAACAGAAAAUGAAUCUAAAUCAGAUAAUCAAAAGAGCCUUAAUAUUGAUGUUGUGAAAGGUCUACAAACAUUGAAAAGUAAUUUGACAGAAGCAUUUAAUGAGUCAAAUGAUCCUAUAUGGACAGAUGCGAUUGAUAGAAUAUGGUGUGUUGGGCCAAGACAUAAUGGUCCUAAUAUCUUAUUGAACAGAAUAGAGGGCUAUAACCGCCCAUCCAUAUGGAGUGCUAUAGAGGAUUCAAAUAGUAAGUUAAACCUUUGGGAGUAUGACAACAGUAUAGCCAGUGGCUUUCAAUUAGCGACUCUGUCAGGUCCCAUUUGUGAAGAACCCAUGAUGGGAGUUGGCUUUAUCAUUGAAAAAUGGGAGCUACAUGGCCGUAAACAUAAACUGAGCACUAACGAGGGAACGGAAAAAGAUGAUGAUGAAUUGAAAUCUCAGGAUAUAAUUGAAACACCAAUUAACACUACAGAUGAUAAACAAGAUAUUGAAGAUGACAACACUGAAUCUGACACUGACUCAGAUGACCACACUAAUAAUGAGGAAAUUAAUGAAACCACUAAAAAAUUAUCUAAAAUUACAUUUGUUGAGCCAAGGAGUGAUGAGGGUCCCCCAGUUAGACAGAAAGUCCUGGCACAUGGUCCAUUUAGUGGCCAGUUGAUGUCCUGUGUGAAAUAUGGGUGCAGAAAAGCCUUUCAAAGCCAGCCACAGAGACUCAUGGCUGCCAUGUAUGCUUGUGAAAUACAGUGUACUGCUGAAGUUUUAGGCAAGAUGUAUGGAGUACUAGGCAAAAGGAAUGGUCGUAUCUUGAGUGAUGACAUGAAGGAGGGGACCCAGAUGUUCAAUGUGGAGGCAGUGCUACCAAUCAUAGAGAGUUUUGGCUUUGCAGAAGAGAUCAGGAAGAAGACAAGUGGACUUGCAAGCCCUCAGCUCAAGUUCACCCAUUGGGAGGUUGUUGAUGUAGACCCCUAUUGGGUGCCGACUACGGAUGAAGAGUAUAUUCACUUUGGUGAGAAGGCAGACAGCGCAAACCAAGCUGAGAAAUACAUGAACCAAGUCAGGAAACGCAAAGGACUCAAGGUGCAAGAGAAAAUUGUUGAACAUGCUGAAAAACAACGGACUUUAAAAAAGAAUAAAUAAAUUUGAAUUUUAUUUAUUGAGAAGGGUGUAUGCAAUAAAGUCAGAAAUGCGAUUAUGCAAAUUAUAUUUUUUAUAUUUGUUGCCUUGGUAAUUGUUACUAUGACAUUAUGAACCAGU